UAUUUUUUUUUUUUUUUGGUGAGCAGUCAAAAUUUUAUUUGCAAAAUGUGUGAACAACUACUCGACAGAGAAUUUUCAGAUAAUAUGUAUAAGCUGGACCGUAUAAUCUUAAAGUUAGAUUAUCGUGAGAAAAUGAUAGCCACAGAGUGGAAAGCAAAAUUAAAAUCUUCCGAUCAUGAUAUUAUCGAGAAGAAAUUAAGAAACUUGUUUUUGGGAUAUAUGAUUGGAUGUUGUGAUUGUUGCGUAUUCAAAGUACCACCCUUUAACUGUAAUGUCUCUCCACAAAUAUCUUUGAAGGAAUAUGCAUAUUUAUUACCUGUUUUGAGUGUAACUCUGGAACAAGUACCGGAAAGUCCAGAAGACACAUAUAAGAGAAAUAUCAGAGAAAUGUUUUCAUUAUCAGAAGAUUUUUCACAAUUUUUACUUAGGCAGCCAGUACCUAGACAUGGAGAAAUUUUUGUUCAUUAUGUAUAUCCGAGCGAUGCAAACAUUGAUUUAAUUGAAUUUUGAGUGAAAAAUAAAUUGACUGUUCAACCAA